AUGCCAAAACCCACCGGCGCAACCGACCUCGAAGUCCUCAACGAGCCGGACUGGACGCAAUCGCACAGUCACCGCGUCGGCGUGCGCAACCGUGAUGAUCGCUUCCCCGGUCUGACGCACGAGGGCGACGACUGGCGCUAUGAGCUCGAGAAGGAGGCCGAGACACGGGCGGAGGAGCUGCGGGCCAAGGCCAAGAGAGGGGAGCUACUAACUGUGCGGGACUUUUUGCAACAGCAGGAGGACUUUCAUUUGAGGAGGCCGGAUGUGCAUCCGAAGCAUUGGCGAUAUGUGCUGCAUACGACGGAGGAGUUUAUCAAGGAAGACCAGCCAUGGUUGAUUAACGAGAAGAAGAAAGAGAUGGAAGAGCAGGAGAAGGAGAAGGAGAACAAAAAGCAGCAAGAAAAAGGAGGGGAGCAGCAGCAACAGCAACAACAACAACAGCAGCAGCAGCAGCAGCAGCAGCAGCAGCAGCCGCAGGAGGAGGGUGGGAGUGACGACUCGGAGAAGAAGCCUGCCGAAUCAGGUCAGGAAGGACCAAAGCAGGGCGACGAGGAGGACUCGAAGCCAAAGUAUACCCCAGAGCAACAGGCACUCCUGGCGUAUCUGAAGCAAGAGGCAGAGUAUAUGCGGUCGUUAAAAUCGAACGACGGAAAGGGCCGUUCGCCUGCGGGGAGCUCCUUUAUACCAGCGGAGAUCGACGAAGCCGAUCAAUUCACCCCAGACAACUGGGUUCCAAGGACAGACCACUUGAUCCGAUUAACCGGGAAGCAUCCGCUGAAUGGCGAGCCAGAUCUGGUUGAGCUUGUCGACGCAGGUCUCAUCACCCCAAAUUACCUACACUAUGUGCGCAGUCACGGCCCGGUACCUCACCUCCUGUGGGAGAACCACAAGCUGGAGAUCUCCGCCGGCAAGUCAUUGACCUUGUUAAUGGAUGAUUUGAAGGAUAAGUUCGAGAGCAUCAACAUUCCCGCGGUGAUGGCGUGCGAUGGGAACCGAAGAAAGGAGCUCAAUCUGAUUAAGCGCAGCAAAGGGUUCAACUGGGGUCCGGCCGCCGUAGGUUGUGCCUAUUGGAAGGGCGUACUCGUGCGAGAUGUCUUGCUCAUGGCGGAUAUCCUGCAGCUGAUGGACGAUUACAAGGAUGUGCCUCUUUGGGUGAAUUUUGGAGGUGCCGAGAUUCUCAGCGAAGGAAAGUACGAGACCUCCAUCCCUCUGGACUACUGCAUGGAUCCAUGCAAUGAUGUGAUUCUUGCCUAUGAGAUGAAUGACUCGCCCAUACCUCCGGACCAUGGCUACCCGCUGCGCUUGGUGAUUCCCGGGUACGUGGGCGGACGUUGUGUGAAGUGGCUGGAGAAGAUCUGGGUCACCGACCGUGAGAAUGACACCUAUUACCAUAUCUUCGAUAACCGGGUCGUGCCGCCCUUUGUGACCGACCGGUUUGACGAAAUAGGUCAGACCAUGUAUCGUCUCCCGAGCACGGCAUGCAACGAACAGAUGCUGAACUCGGUCAUCGCGAGGCCGGCGCAGGGAGAGAGGAUAGAUUUCACGGAAAUAAGAAAAUGCAGGAAAUAUCGAAUCAUGGGCUAUGCGUAUAACGGUGGUGGGAACGAGGUACAGAGAGUUGAAGUCAGUCUCAAUGGUGGUGUCAACUGGCUCUAUUGCGUUCGCAAGUUUCCCGAGGCACCGCUGCGACAUGGCCGGAAAUUCUGGACUUGGUUGCACUGGCAUGUGGACAUCGACAUCACGCAGCUACUUCGCGCUGAGCAGAUCACUGUCCGUUGCUGGGAUGUGAACAAGAACACCCAGCCAGAGAAUCCGACGUGGAACCUCGAAGGGAUGAUGAACAACUGCCACUACGUCGUCAAGUCCGAAACCUCAGUGGACCCGACGAACAAUAAGCCGUACCUGCUGUUCCGUCAUCCCACUGAAGCUGGCACGGGCGAGAACGGGUGGAUGAAACCCUCGAUCGAUAUCCAGAAGGAAGACAUCCGACGAUCAGCAGCCGUUCCCGAGAAGCAGUUCACCCGUGAGGAGAUUGAAAAGCACACUACGGAUGAUGACUGCUGGAUCAUCAUCAACGGUAAAGUAUACGAUGCCACCAGCGUCCUGAGCUGGCAUCCAGGAGGAAAAGCGCCCAUUAUGGCCCACGCCGGCCGAGUUCAUCAAGACACGUCGGAGGAAUUCGAAAGUAUCCACGACGAUUAUGCUGUUCAGAAAUUAGAGGAGUGCCUCCUGGGGUCUGUCACCCAGAAAACGCAGGAGUUCAUCAAGCACGACGCCGAAGAAAAAGCUAAGGAGAAAGCGACAUCAGCAAAGGAGGAAAACGAGGUUGCUCUCAAGCGUCACAAAUGGACCGCAGUCAAAUUCCUCCGCAAACGACCAUUAUCGGAAGACACAAAGUGCUACACCUUUGAGCUUCCUUCCAAAGACAAGAAGCUCGGUCUGGAAACAGGGCAGCACCUCCAGAUCGGCUUCCACUUCAAGGACCGGCUCGUCAUUCGUCCAUACACCCCUACCCGGCCGAUCCUGGAGUCCGAAGAAGACGGCACAUUCGACCUUGUCGUCAAAACGUACUUCCCUAGUUCCGCACAACCAGGCGGCACGAUGAGCAACAUCCUCGACUGCCUCCAGAAAGGCGAAGAGGUCGAAGUCAAAGGUCCCACAGGCGAGAUCCGAUACCGCGGGAACGGCGAAUUCCGCGUCGACGAGAAGACGUAUCAUUUCGACCACAUCACUUUGAUUCUCGGAGGAUCGGGCAUUACACCGGGGUAUCAGCUCAUUGCACGAAUUUUGAGGACAGAACAGGGGAAAGGACCGAAGGUCAGGGCUAUUGAUGCCAAUAAGUCCGAGGAUGAUAUUUUGAUGCGCGGCGAACUCGACAAGUACGCGAAAGAACAUCCGGGCCAGUUCCAGAUUACGUACGUGCUUUCUCACCCGGCGGACGACUGGAAGGGAGAAAAGGGGCAUGUGAAUGAGGAGAUCCUCCACAAGUACGCCUUUGAACCGGGGGAGAAGAGUGCUGCGCUUCUGUGUGGUCCGCCGACCAUGAUUCAGAAAGCGGUCUUGCCGGUUCUGAAGAAGUGGGGAUAUGAUGAGGACAAGAAUUUGUUUGGUUUUUAG